GUGACGUCAUAUUCGCGCGCCAACGUCAAACCUGCGACUAUUCCUCCUUUCGGUUUGCCAAAUCAAAAUAAUGUCGACUGCAAUGAAUUUCGGCUCAAAGAGCUUUAAACCACGACCACCAGACAAAGGGUCGUUCCCAUUAGAUCACUUUGGAGAGUGUAAAACCUUCAAGGAGACGUUCAUGAAAUGCUUGCGAGACAGUAAUUUUGACAAUUCCAAAUGCCGACUCCAGUCAAAAGCCUACCUGGAAUGCCGCAUGGAAAACCAGCUCAUGACAAAGGAACCACUGGAAAAACUGGGAUUCAAAGACCUGGUGGAUCCUCCUCCCCCAAGCCAAGCAAACGAAGAUUGCAAACAUUGACAUGCUCCAGUAGCAAUGUGCUGAUGGUGUUGUGCUGAGUGUAUCCAAACACUUGUGGAUAUGAAACAUGGUUAUAGCAGUGUGAAAGACUCAAAAAAGUGCACAAGCAGGUUUGAAAGAAGGUUCUAGAUUUGAACAUGUGUAUAUAAAUAUAAGAAGUUCUUUGCCAUAUUAAUCAAUAAACCCUUUGUACUGAAA